UCUUUUUUUUUUGUUUUAAUUUAUUUUUUCAUUUAUUGAUAAGAAUGGACAACGACGUAGAUUUACACGUAGUGAGAACUCUUAGCCGUGUUCGAAAAAUUAUCGCAGAAGUUAUCAGAUCAUAUCAAAGUUCUGAAGCUAUAGAUUAUCGUGCACUACAUAAUGCAAAGCGAAACUUAUUAAGAAUAUCAUCUAAAAUUUCUAUUACAACUUAUAAUCAACUCUUUGAAGGGAUUGAAGCUUUACUACUUAUUAACAACAAUGAACAACAAGCUACAUCUUAUGUAGCUCCUAGAAUCAAUUCUGAAGGAAAAGGUCGUCCACGAGUUCAAGUAUCUAAAAGCCAAUUAUUACUUUUAUAUAACGAAGGAUUUACUGCAAUUAAUAUGGCCAAGUGUCUCGGAUGUUCAAUGCAAACUGUUUAUAAAAAGCUAUACGAAUUAAAUUUACCUAUACGUGCAAGAUACAAUCAAAUUUCGGACGAUGAACUAAAAGCAAAAAUCAAUCAAAUUCAUCAGGAGCAUCCAAAUGCUGGGCAAACGAUGAUGCAGGCAUAUUUGGAAGCAAGGAAUAUUAAUGUGCAAAGAAAUAGAGUGAGACAAAUUUUAAAUGAAGUUGAUCCAAUAGGAACGGCUAGUCGAUGGAGUCAGUCUAUCCAAAGAAGAACAUAUAAAGUAGCAACACCGAAUUCUCUGUGGCAUAUGGAUGCUCAUUUAAAGCUCUCAAGGUGGGGCUUUGUGAUUCAUGGUUGUAUAGAUGGGUAUUCCAGAUUAAUUAUUUAUUUGAGCUGUGAAAUGUCAAUUCAAGCAGAACCCGUUGUCAGUCUGUUUGCAAGUGCUGCUCAACGUUAUGGGUUACCAUCACGCGUUCGUUCAGACCAUGGUUAUGAAAAUAUUUUUGUGGCAUUUCUAAUGAACGCGAUACGUGGAUUAGAAAGAGGCAGUCACAUUACAGGAAAAUCUGUUCAUAACCAGAGAAUUGAAAGAUUAUGGGUAGAUGUUUACAAAGAAGUAUGUGAUUCAGUUUAUUCUGAGUUAUAUUCUCUGGAAGAUGAAAAUUUAUUGGAUAAAGAUAAUGUAACUCAUAGAUUUUGUAUCCAAUAUGUGUAUAAAACAGUCAUCAAUGAACGCCUAAGCUCUUUUCAAUCCGCUUGGAAUAUGCAUAACAUUCGAACAGAAAAUAACCGCUCACCACGGCAGUUAUGGAUAGAAGGAAUUUUAGGAAAUUACAAUACACAAUCUACUGCAGUGAAUGAUGUAUUAAAUAAUGAUUCGGACAUAUACACAAGACUGUAUGAGUCUCUACAAAUAUUAGGGGUUGAUCUUACUGCACCAAUAACACACCGUGAUGAAAUCAACUGUCCUCCAUCAUCUUUUCUGGCUAUUUUAGAGACAAACCAAGAGCAAAAAAUACUAUUAGAAAACAUUAUCUCUCAAGAUAAAACGAAUAAAGAAAAAUAUAUAUUAUGUGUGAAUGUUUUCACCAGCUAAAUAUGUUUUUAAGACUUUUGCCAGUAGAUAAAAUAUAUUUCAAAAUUAUAUUUGAACUUUAAAUUCUGAUUAUCAAUGAAGCAAGACUAAUAUUUAAGAUAUUUACCCUUUUUUAAACUUUUUUUUUCUUAAAAUAAUUUUGUUGUAACUACUGGGGAAAAUUGGUGAUUAAAUCAUCCACAAAAAAAAUUGUUUUAUUUUUGUUUAAACACAAUCUAAUGAAG